CCUUGCUAGCGGUGGCGGCGCUAGCAGCAGCAACCUGACCCACCAAGCCGUGACGGCGGCAACCAACCGCCGUACAGCUGCCGCCGCCGCCGCCAGCAGCGGCGCGGGUACGACAACAACGGGCCCGUCGCCGCUGGAUCGCUUCUUAGAGGGGUCGUACGAGAGCAUGCCGUACGGCGGCGGCGGCGGAGCCUCCACGGCGGCGGCGGCGGCGGCAGCGGCGGCGUUUGAGCGUUACGGGCUACGUCAUGUUACGGGGGACGGGGUUGAGGAGGGCGAGGAGGAGGAAGGAGGAGGUACGGGAGCUGCUGGCGGCUCGGGACGUGCUGCGGGUGCUGGCGGAAGCGGUGGCGGUGGCGGAGGUGGCGGUACGGGUCGGCGGCACCUGAGCGCCAAGGAGCGAGCAUUGCUGAAGAAACAGGGAGGAGCAGCCGGUGGAGGUGGCGGAGGCGGCAGGGUGGGAGUGAGUACGGCAGGUGGUGGCGACGAUGAGGAGUAUACCAUUGUGGCUUCGGACGCCCCAGCCGUGGCGGCGGCGGAGGUAAGACCGGUGCCGGCGGCGGCAGCAGGGCGCAGAGCAUGACGGCAGGGGGUGCCGCCGUGGCUGCUGCUGCUGUUGCGAAGGGUAACGGCCAGCCGCAGCAAGCACCGCAGCAGCAACAGAAGCAAAAGCAACAGCAGCAACAAACGCAGCCACAGCAGCAGGGCAAGGGCGGUGGAGGCGGCGGCAAGGGCGGCAAGGGCGGCGCCCCUCCCGCCGCUCCCGCCCCUCCCGCGCCGCCUGCCUCCCAGCGGGGUAAGAAGGGCAAGCAGGCCAAGCUGAAGGACAAGUACGCGGACCAGGACGAGGAGGAGCGCGCCCUGGCCCUGGCGGUGUUGGGCAGUGCGGGUGCCAAGAAGAGCCGCACGGAGCGGCGGCAGGAGCGCAAGGAGCGGCGGGAGGCGGGGCGGCGGGAGGCGCGGGCGGGGGUGGUGGGCGGGGAUGAGGAGGAACGACAGCAGGCCAUUGAGCGAGCCACGGGCAAGCAGUUCGUCCGCUCACAGCAGCAGCAGCAGGAGGCGGAUGACAGCGCUUCCACAGAAAGCGCGGCGGAGGCGGCCGGCAGGGCAUCAGAGCCUGCGGCUGCGCAGGAGGAGAAGAGCAAGGAGGAGGCGGGCGAGGAGGACGGCGAGGAGGAGGAGGUGCAGCCGGACGCGGGCGCAACUGAUGCUGAUCGCGCCGAGAUCGCUGCGCUGCUGGCUGAGGAGCAGGAGGGCCCCGGCCUUGGCGAGGAGGAGGCGGCGCGGCUGAGUGUGCUGGACAGCCUGACGGGGGUGCCGCGGGGGGAGGACCUGCUGCUGUUCGCGGUGCCGGUGUGUGGCCCCUACAGCGCGCUGCAGAGCUACAAGUACAAGGUCAAGGUCACGCCAGGCACCGUCAAGAAGGGCAAGGCAGCGCGGCAAGCCAUCGAGCUGCUGACCCGUGGGUCGGAGGUGGCGCCUCGGGAGCGCGACACGCUGCGUGCCAUCCCUGAGAUGGAGUGCAUCAACUGCCUAGUGGGGCCGGGUGUGAAGCUGAGCAUGCCGGGGUUGCAGAAGCUCAAAGCGGACGACAAGAAGACGAAGAAGGCGCGGGCGCAGGCGAG